CUGUAACUUUGACAUACUUAUCAACCAUCACUGCAAACCGAAACCAAAUUUUUGUAAACAAAUAAGUAUUUUGUAGGGAUUUAGAUUUUGUAGUAAAACAAAUAAGCAUGAUAAUCAUUUUCAAAGAUAACUAUAUUAUGCAUGAAAGUUAAUAUUUAGUUUAUAAUAAAAUAAUGGGGGUUAUAGGAUUGCAGUACUACAUUGAAAAUAAAUGCCCUGAUGCUUGUAAAUCAGUAUCGAUUCAACGUAUGGCAGAUGAGCACAGACGAAGAUUCAAUUGUGAACCAGUGAUCGUUGUAGAUGGCAUGGCUUUAAUAAAUCGGUUGUAUGCGAAGAAUUUAGAGUGGAUAUAUGGAGGGCAAUGGCUACAAUUCAUAAAAAAGCUUGAAGAAUUUAUUUCUCUUUUUCGAAGCAUCGGCGUAAGGCUAGUAUUUUUUUUCGAUGGUACUGUUUGUGCUGCCAAACGCAAAGAAUGGGUAAAACGACGUGUCGCCAAAUACCAACAAAUCAAAUCUAUUUUUUCGAAUAUUCAUGCCAAUCAUAGAGAGCCGGAUCAGAAACAUUUUCAACUUCCAACCUCCAUGGGUACCUUAACGAGAUUUGCUCUCAAAGAGCUCGGGGCUGAAGUUUAUCAAACCGAUCGUGAAGCUGAUGAAUCCAUUGUUGAAUAUGCUAACAAUAAUAGAGAUGUUUUCGCAAUACUCAGCCAAGAUUCAGACUUUAUUAUUUACAAUACAAAAACCUAUCUAUCUCUAUUACAUCUUGACUUAGAAUCUCUGACAACAACUCACUAUGAUCGAGAUUGCUUUGCUUUUCGAUAUCUUCAUAUAGAUGUAAACCAGUUACCACUUUUUGCUUGUUUAGCUGGCAAUGAUAUUAUACCUACUUAUAAGUUAAACUAUUUUCAUAGGUAUCUAUCGAACAACAAAAUAGGGAGAAUAUUUAUAAGUGAUAUUGCUGAAAAUCUCGCUGCUAUAAUUAAUGAAGAAGGUUGGUCAGCUGAUGUUAAUAAUAAACAAGAGUUACAUUCCAUUUCAAAGCGAAUCUGUGGUAGUUCAAGCUUAAUGCAACUUAUUCGAUUAGGUUUAUCGUCUUACGUGAUAGGAUAUGAUAAUAUCCCUUCAAAUAAAAUCAAUAUUUAUCUGCAGCCAAGUUCAGAAGGUGAAGUAUUAUCAAAGCAUCUGCAGUGUGUAAAUGCUCCCUUUGUGUUCAACUUACUGUGCAAUUUAGAAUAUGAAUCUAGUGAGGUUCUCGAAGAUACAUCUAGACUCCCAUCAGCUUUGGUGUAUCGUAAAAUUCGACAAAAGUGUUAUGGAGUUCUAUUCAAUUAUUAUUCUUCUCAAGGCUCUGCAGAUAAUACUUUAACAAAAGAUGGGAAACCAAUUCUUAUAAGGGAAUGGUGUGCUUAUCAUGGGAAUUCCAUGGAAAAACCAGAAUAUAUACAGCCAUUACCGAUAAAUCUUCCACCUAGACUGAGAGAUCAUCCAUUCUCUGUUGAAAGGUUAUGGUUUCAGUAUUCUGAAGAAGAAAAAAUGAUGGUCCUGCAUUCUAUUUUAGAACUUUCAUUUCAAUUUGACACAUUUCUAAAUAUACCUAAGCAUUUAAUUGUUUUAGCUUCUGUUUUGAAUUGCCUAAUAAAUGGAGUGAAUUCAGAUAUAUUGCUAGAACCAUUAGAUAUUGCAGCAUUAAUCAUUCAAGCCUUAUCCCUUAAAGAUAUGGAAGAAUUGAGAGAAAUACAGGCACCUUGGGUAGAUGCAACUGCAGUCAAUGUGUCAACCCUGUUUAUGAGAGGAGUAACAACAAUUUUAAUGGCCAUAAAUGUUUGUGGUAAUCCUUUUCCAAUAGCACUUGCAAUGCCUUGGCAUUUUUUUGAUGGGAAAUUAUUUCAUCAUUAUCGUAUCAAAGUUAAAGAACAGCCUUAUGUCAAUACUAUAUGUAACCAAAAAAAGAAUAUUAUCAAGCAGUUUUAUUGGCUACUUUCUGUUGUCACAACAAACACCCCUUUCAACUUCCAUAAUUUUAGAUGGGCAAAUGUUUUUAAGGAUUUUGAUGUAUCUUAUUUAUAUUAACAUCUGUGCUGUAAUUUUUUAUUAUUUUUUUUUUUCAAAUAAAAAUUUUGAUUUUAUGAAAGUUAAUUUUUAUAAUUUUUUUAUAUCUUAGUAUCCUAACUAUUAACUGAACAAUCAAAUGAAAACUUGUCAAUUAGUAUGUUGCAAUGAUAUUGUUAUGGCUUAGUUUUCAAAUAAAAUACUUAUGACAUA